AUGACUUUCAGUCUACAAGAACCAGUUCCAACGUCUCGCUUGGACGGAAAGGUUGCACUUGUCACCGGUUCGGGACGGGGCAUCGGACGUGCAAUUGCAAUCGAGCUGGGAAGAAGAGGUGCGAAGGUGGUGGUGAACUACUCAAAGAGUUCUAAACCUGCCAAAGAAGUUGUUCAAAAGAUCAUCGACUCUGGUUCAGACUCGAUCGCCAUCCAAGCCGACAUCUCGAAGCCGGAAGAUAUCGCCAAGCUUUUCGAGGCAGCGCAUUCUCAGUUUGGCAAGAUUAAUAUUGUCGUCUCAAACUCCGGCAUCGAACACUUUGGAAGCAUCGACCAGAUCACACCUGAAGAGUAUGACCAAGUGUUCAAUUUGAACACUCGAGGUCAGUUUUUUGUCGCACAGAAUGCCUACAAAUUCCUUAGCGAAGGUGGCCGUCUUAUCUUGAUGUCUUCGAUCUCGGCCAAUGUGAGCUUGAAACAUCAUGCUGUCUACGCUGGAAGCAAGUGUGCUAUUGAGGCAUUCGGGCGAUGUCUGACUAAAGAAUUCGGAGCUAAGAAAGUCACGGUUAAUGUCAUUGCACCGGGAGGUGUUGAUACGGAUAUGGCAGCUGAGGCUGGCUGGAGGUACAUCCCCGGCGCUGAUCCUUCGUGGACUGCUAAGGACAUCAACAAGUUUGUUUCAUCUCGAACGCCUCUUCAGAGAAUGGGUGUUCCUCAGGAUAUUGCUCGAGUUGUCGCAUUCCUUGCUAGUGAAGAUGGAGGUUGGAUAAAUGAAUGGCUUGAUUGCAGCAGAGUUCUCUACGACUGGGCAGACUGUUACGACAAUAAGAACUGGUACGGCUUGAUGGAUAUCAUUGCCCCACAUCUCACAAUUGACUACGACAAAGUCAACAAUGCCAAAUUCAGCGAUUUCCCUGCGGAAAAGUAUAUUGAAAUGAUGAGCGACCCCAUGUUCUUAGGCGACCCGCUUAUCGCCUCUCAACAUCUUAUCGGUGCUACGAAAUGGGAAAAAGUCUCAGACGAGGAGAUUAUCUCGCAUCACCAAUCGAGAGCCGCACAUCAACGGUGGGAAGACGUUAGGCGGAAGGAUGUGGCGGUCAAGGGCCAUGGACAUGGCGUGGUCACCACAUUUUACAAGAAGAUUGAUGGCCAAUGGAAAUGGGCUGGGAUCAAGACCAAAGUCAUUUGGAAUGAGUUUGACUUUGAACACGUCUUUCGAGGUACGGCGGGAAAGGAUGUUUAG